AUGGAAGUUGUAGUUCUUUCGCAGCGCGCCGUGCAUAGAGAUGAAGGCGGAGGGUGCCCGUUCAGGACUACAACCCCAGCAGGCCCCGCGGCGGCGCGGCGGGGCCCGGGGCUGAGGGAGCGGCAGGGCCGGGCCGCGACCCCCCCCGAGGGACCCGCGGGCCGGGACCCCCCCCCCCGGGCCAUGGCGGGGAGCGGCGGGGCCGGGGCGGCCCCCCGGGAGCACCGCCUGCAGCCCGGGGACACCCUGGCGGGGCUGGCGCUGCGCUACGGGGUCACGAUGGAGCAGAUCCAACGUGCCAACCGCCUCUACACGUCAGACACCAUCUUCCUGAAGCCCACCCUGCUCAUCCCGGCGGGAUCCCAGUCCCAGCCCCUCCCGGGGGACGAGCCCCAGGACAUUCCCGACCCCCCGGAGCCCCCGCUCCCGUCCCGGCACGACCUGUCGGCCAUGGAAUUCCUGCGGCACCUGGACACCGAGAUCGGUCGCUCCAAGGCGGCCGCGGCGCAGCAGAUCCGGCACCGACGCUCCGGGUGAGCCCCGGCCCAAAGCCGGGAUGGGGUGGGGUGGGAUGGG